CACCGCUAACUAACCCAUGGCCGGGGAGGAAACGGAAUAAAAACUGGCCUUUAAUUUCAGUUCCCACACCAUCCAUCGAUCGCCUCCUGAAACUUACCCUGCCCUAGGUUUUGGUAUUUCUUCUCGAUCGAUCGAGUUUCUGUCUCUUUCGACCUCUUGAUCACGAACGAACGAGCCAUGUCUCGCUUCUCCCUCAGCCAUCGCGGGUACGUCUAUCUCUGCCUUACUUUCAGCACCUUAAACCUCUGCAAUGCCUGGAUCAACUGGCAAUAUUGCAACAAGCAUAAGAGAGUUGCAAUGGAGAAUCUUGCAGCUCUGGAUCGAGCUGCUGAUGCUAAUUUUCAAUUGGCUCUAGACCUUGAGAGGGCUCAAAAGCAGAAGAAGAUGGAGGAUGAGAGAGAUGCUUAGGCUGUUCGGAGUUCGGACCAGAGUGGGUAGGGUGAAGGUGAAGAUGAAGGAAACGAGGAGAAGAAGAAGGAUGACUGCCAUUAGUUUGUUUUACUUUUAAUUCGCUUGUAAAGUUUGUACUGAAAGCACCAUUUUCAAUAUAUAUAUAAGAAUUAGGUUCGUGAAACAGUGGC